UGCGGCUCUGCCUUCUGCUCUGCUUCACAACACAGGGACGAUAACAUACACAGAGAGCGGACGACUAACUGUGGGCAACUCUACAAAGCUGCUGGUAGCCGCAGAAAUAUACAUAAUGCUACCUGUAAGGUAAAGUCUGUCAUGGGUUAACGGGUAGUUACGCCAACGGCACAGAUAUGUUAGCUAAAUGACAGGUUAACGGCAGGUUUAGCUAUCUUCAAUGAGCUGCUAGCUACAAGUGCUAACGUUAGGGCAAGUCAACGCCAGCUUGUGACACUCGCUAGCCUUUUUAAAGUUGUAUUAUUGUGGCCAUCUGGCAAACGUCUAGCGUUAUUUGUUCCCCUUACCAUGAGCUGUGAGCCGGUAACUAGCCUAAAAAGACUGAACAUAUCUCCACUCUGUUUAUUAAACGACCUGACAUAAUCAAAUGGCUUAUAGUGUUUAAUGAGCCACAUAAGCUAGCAAUGCGUUCAACAUCCUUCCAGAAUACCGUUAGCUUGCCGGGUUAUUAUUGCACUGUGGGGCACAACUGUCCCCUGCUCAGCAGCUUCCCUGCACGUAGCAUACCGCAUUAUGAGUGAGCAUUAUGUAAAAGUCAAGAUUCACGUCGAGCAAAUGAAAUCAUUCGGAGAGGAUGCAGAGAAGCAGGGUGUGGAUGCUGAGGAGGAGCAGGUGGCUGUGUCUUCGUCCCCCCCCGCCUCUGUCUCCCCAGACCUGCCCAGCAUCACCAUAGCCGGGAGAGACGUGUCCAACACUUUUAAACAUAGGGGGAAAAGUCGAAUCAAAAUGGGGAAAGAUGACAAGAACAUUUGUGGCAAACACAGCUUGGAUGUGUCAUUGCAUGGUGGGAGAAACGUGAAUAAACUAGGGCAUGAGCGGACACUUCACAUCAAAGGGACUGGAAAAAUACUGCAGGGCAAGAAUAAUGAGAAUAAUGGGGUCAGUAUGCAUCCUUCCAAAAACAUUCAAGAAGCACGCCGUGAGGACGGAGUCAAGCUUGCAAGGAAGAGAAGGCCAGUGACUGUGGACACGUCCAAAGCCAAAACCUCGCUGGAGGCCCUGAAGUUGAGCAUCAGGCAGCUGAAGUGGAAAGAGUUUCCUCUGGGGAGACGAGCGCCCUGUGAUAUCUACUGGCAUGGCGUCUCCUUCCAUGACAAUGAAAAUAUUGUCUCUGGGCAGGUGAACAAGUUCCCAGCACAACCAUACCAUAUUCUCUCUCUCUUCACAUUUUGUAACUCACAGGUGUACAGUGGACUGUGGAAGGACAGACCUGUUGUGAUCAAGUGUGGGCUUGAGGAUCCGCUGAAGACUGAUGGGGCUCCAAGCUCUAUUCUGCGACAGGAGAUGAGCUUAUUUGAAAAACCCACUCGUGGAACCUCAAUGGAUGAAUUUAAAGAGAUGCUACACAGUUUCCUCAAGGCUAACCUUGGUGAGCAGCCAUCUUUGAACACAUUGGUGGACAGGGUCAUUACUCUGGCUGAUAUCAACAAGGACAGCAAAGUAUCCCUAGCAGAGGCCAAGUCUAUCUGGGCUCUUCUGCAGAUCAACGAGUUCCUUCUGAUGGUGGCGCUGCAGGAGAAGGAGCACACCCCCAAGCUGCUGGGUUUCUGUGGAGACUUGUAUGUGACGGAACACGUGGGCCACAGCUCCCUCUACUGGCUGGAGGUGCCUCACUACCUGCAGGCUCUGGUUCCAGGGGCCCUGAGCUCCAGCCUGAACCACUGGCUCGCUCCAGCCUGGCCUCGCAGGGCUCGCAUCACCAUCGGCCUGCUGGAGUUUGUGGAGGAGGUCUUCCACGGCUCCUACGGGAGUUUCCUCAUAUGUGAUGCCAGUCCUCGUCACGUGGGCUACAAUUCAAAGUAUGACUGCAAGAUGGCCGAACUGCGCAGCGUGGCGUCUGAAGCUGUGGUGCGGGGGUUCAUGAGGGGGCGGCGGUGUGAGACCAACGCAGACUGCACCUACGGCCGGGACUGCACGGCCACCUGUGACCGGCUGGUGAAGCAGUGUAACUCUGAGGUGGUGCAGCCCAAUCUGGCGAAGGUGUGUGUGCUGCUGCAGGAUUAUCUGCUUUUUGGGGCCCCUGUGGACCUCCGUGGGGAUCUGGAGAAGCAGCUACGCACCUGUGUGACACUCAGCGGCCUGGCCAGUCAAAUGGAGGUUCACCACUCACUGGUGCUCAACAACCUGAAGACAUUACUGUGGAAGAAAAUCUCCAACACGCAGUACUCUUGAAUGGAGCUUAUCAUCUACAGUGAAUUAUUUCAUGAACGUGGUCGUUUUUGCUCCUGAAGCUCUACCAAAUGUUUUGAAAGGUGGUGGUUAUUAAUAUGUUUUCCCUCUACAUUGACUGUGAACAACAGAGAGCUGUGAUACAGUACGAAACAGCAUUACAAUGCAUUAUUUUGAGAAGCACAUUCAUCUCCUUGGACAUAAUAUUCUCAGGGCGCUUGCCUCUAACUUUAUUUGUAAAAUAAUCUGAGUAAAUUUAGUUUUCAAAAUAUAUAGAAGAGUCUUGUCUAUCCAUACUGAAUGUCAAAUUUGACAUGGCGUGAUGGUUUUUGUACAAUUUUAAUUAUUGGUGGAAAUUAUUGAACUUCUUGUUUUUUGUGUACAGUCAUUUCAUUUCAUUUCAAACCUUUAUUUAACCAGAUUGGUCCCAUUGAGAUCAUAUAUCUCUUUUUCAAGGGAGACCUGCAGAGACAGUACAAUAUAAAUGACUCCAUGUAAAGCACAGAUAAGAUACAAACGAUGGAUGGAAUAAUACGAUAGUACUGAUGUGUGCCUACUGAGGUUGAUAAUGUACAGACUGGGGUUGUAUAUGAUGAUCAUGAUUAUACUUGAAUGAACUUCUGACCUGUGAAUAAACAUA